AUGGAAGCGACGCCUUUGUGGGAGCGUUCCAAGGAAAACGCCGCUCCGUUGGAGCGGGGACGUAGCGUUGUCGCACUGGAGCGAUCCAUUGCUGCGAUGGAAAGUGAAGAGGAUCGCAGAGAACAAUCACGCCUGAGUGAACACUACGAGCGCUUAGUCCGUACUUCUGAGGCUUUGGAUUAUGAAGCUAGCGGCGACGACGACCCACUGAUACACUGGCUUUCUUACAUAAAAUAUCAUCAAGAUGCCUUUCCGUCCGAUACACACUCGCAGUUUCUUUUGUUUGAGCGUUGUUUGCGUGCCUUGUCUCCCAUUCAGAAGUACGCCAACGAUCCCCGCUUCGUCCGCGUGUGCUGCAUGUAUGCGGACAAAACCGAUCGUCCACUGGAAGUUUUCCAGCAUCUACAUCAGCAAAGGAUCGGGAGCGAUAUUGCCGUGUUCUGGAUGGCCUGGGCCUUUAAGGCAGAGCAGCAGCAGAAUUAUCAGUUUGCUGAAAAGAUCCUGGAUAAGGGUAUUCGGAAAAAGGCGCAGCCUCUCAAAUUGCUUCUACAGCGGCACAAACAGUUUCAAAGGCGCAUGACUCGGCAUUGGUUGAAUGCCACGCAAGCGGAGGAGGAAAAUGAAGAC